AUGCUGCUAUUAUUAGCAGUACUUCUCUUAAAAGCAAUAGCUAUAUAUGGCAAGGAUCCCGAGCUGGUUGUAGUUACUGUAGCGACAGAAGAAACAGACGGUUUGCGCCGUCUUCUCAAGUCAGCGCAACACUUUGACAUCAAAGUGAAAGUGCUAGGCAUGGGAGAGGAAUGGAAAGGCGGAGACACUAGGACAGGCGAGGGUGGAGGUCAAAAGAUCCGACUACUGAAAGAUGGUUUGAAGGAGUAUAAGAACCGUGACGACGUGAUCAUUUUGUUUGUUGAUGCAUAUGAUGUUAUCUUCACGGCUAGCCCUGGUACGAUUAUGGAACGUUUCGUAACGCAUUUCCCAGAUUUACGAAUUCUUUUCGGAGCGGAGCCUUAUUGCUGGCCUGAUGAGGCUUUGGCCGCAGAGUACCCCGUAGUUGGAUUUGGAAAGAGGUAUCUUAAUUCUGGUCUCUUCCUCGGUUAUGCGAAAGAGGUCUACAAAAUGAUCAAUAUUGAGAUGGUAGCUGACGAUGAGGAUGAUCAACUUUACUACACUAUGAUUUAUCUGAAUAGCAAAUUGAGGAAGGAUCUCAAAAUCGGAUUGGACUCAGCCUCGCGUAUCUUUCAAAAUUUGAAUGGAGUCAUUGACGAUGUAGAAUUGCAGUUUGAUGAAGACACCGGAGAAGCUUUGGCCUACAAUGCAGCAUACAACACUCAUCCAGCAAUUCUGCAUGGCAAUGGGCCUAGCAAAAAUCACCUAAACUAUUUGGCAAAUUAUAUGCCUGGUCGAUGGUCUUCGAAGAAGGGGUGCGCAUACUGUGGAAAGAAGCCGAAACUUGAUCUUUCGAUUGCUGACGAACCGGAGUUCCCAUUUGUCACCGUAUCCAUCUUCAUCGCGAAGCCAAUACCAUUUAUCGAAGAGAUGCUCGAAGCUUUUGCGCGUCUCGACUAUCCAAAGAAAAAGAUGGCGUUGUACAUUUACAACUCCCAACCGUUCUGCAUCAAGACUGUUAUGGAUUUCUUGUCCAAGUACGGUACGGAAUACUAUUCGAAAAAGAUUGUCAACGGUGUCACCGAGAUAGGCGAACGAGAAGCCAGAGACGAAGCUUUGAAAUUUGCAGCACGAUUCAAAACUGAAUUUCUAUUCCUCUUAGACGGUGAUGUCAUGCUGACAAAUGAGAAGGCGCUACAGAUCUUGGUGGAGGCUUCUAUCAACUAUGAAGCAGGCAUUGUCUCUUCAGUGAUUGGCCGACCAGGCAAAAUGUUCUCGAACUUCUGGGGUGCAAUCGCUCCAAGUGGUUUCUAUGCUCGUAGCGAAGACUACAUUGCUAUUCUGUCACGCAAAAGAGUUGGCCUAUGGAAUGUACCCUACAUUAGCGCAGCCAUUCUCAUCAGCAUGGAGAAAUUGGAGAAGAUGAAGGCCCCAUUCACUUAUGACAAAACACUUGAUCCAGAUAUGUCCUUCUGUCAAUGGGCUAGAGAUAAUGGUCACUUUAUGUACGUUGAUAACGAGCAUUCAUUUGGAUUCCUCGUUGUCAGCGACGAUUUCGAAGAGAUCGUGGACGAGGGUAAGCUGCAUCCAGAAAUGUGGGAAAUCUUCGAAAAUCGUGACCUUUGGGAAGCCCGUUAUCUACACCCGGAUUACAAAAAACACCUCGCAGAAGAUAUUGAAGUCCUACAGGCUUGCCCCGAUGUCUACGAUUAUCCCUUGAUGUCCGAAAGAUAUUGCAAAGAAAUGAUCGAAGAAAUGGAGAAUUUCGGAAAGUGGAGCGAUGGCUCGAAUAAAGAUUCACGUCUUGCUGGAGGAUACGAAAAUGUUCCAACUAGGGAUAUUCACAUGAACCAGAUUGACUACGAAAGGCAAUGGCUUCACUUUAUGAACGAGUACGUAAGACCAAUGCAGGAGAAGACGUUCAUUGGUUACUACCAAAACCCUAUCUACUCUCACAUGAUGUUUGUGGUCAGAUAUCGUCCAGAUGAACAGCACUCGUUGCGACCUCAUCACGAUGCCAGCACUUACAGCAUCGAUAUUGCUCUCAACAAAAAAGGCGUCGACUAUGAAGGAGGAGGUGUUCGCUACACUCGAUACAAUUGCACUGUCCCUGCUGAUCAAGUUGGCUACACAAUGAUGUUCCCAGGCAGACUAACGCACCAACAUGAAGGACUACCUACCACGAAGGGAACACGUUAUAUUCUUGUUUCAUUCAUAAAUCCCUAACUUGCCAAAUAUGUCACUUUUGAUCUCUAGAUAAUUAGUUAUCUGUCUGCUUGCACUGCCAUCUUAUUUUAUUUUUGACAUUGCUGCUGACCUGCCUCUCCAUGAGACGAUUUGCUUUCUUGACUCUUGAAACAGCGUGAGUUUCUCGAAAGACUUGCCAAUACCACGGGAAUCUCUGUGCCUUCAAAUUAUCUAAUAAAUAUUGAACCU